AUGGCAGAAGUACGACAACGUGCCAAAGCGGCAGACGCUACAGUCGCACCAGAAGAAGCAUUCACCCCAACAAUUACAAAAGCUGGCAAGAAGAGCUCUGGAUUCGGCUUGACAGAUGUGCUUCGUGUGCUGGGAGGACUAUUCUUGCUCAGCUCUGCAUUGAGCUAUUUCGUCACGUCGUCAUCCAUAACAUGGGGAUGGCGACCUUGGUACUCGAAGCCCGCUUUGGUAGCUUCAUGGCUUAAAGGACCCGUCUACCUCACCGACGCGGAACUGACCGCCUACAGUGGCAGAGACGCUUCAAAACCAGUCUACAUUGCUUUAAACGGCACAAUCUACGACGUCAGCGCUGGCCGUCACGUCUAUGGACCAGGAGGAAGUUACAACUUCUUCGCCGGUCGCGAUGCCACUCGUGCCUUCAUCACUGGCUGUUUCCAAGAGGACUUGACACCUGAUAUCAGGGGCGCCGAGCUGACCUAUAUCCCUGCGGACGAUGAUGUUGGUACUUCAAAGGCAGAGUUGAAGAAGAGGAGGGAGAGGGAUACGAGAUUGGCAAAAAAGAGGGUACACGAGACCAUUGAGGGAUGGAGUCGCAUGUUCAGAGGUGAGGCUGGAAAGGACUACUUUGAAGUUGGCAAGGUGAAGCGGGCGCCAGGCUGGUUGGACAGGUUGCCAAAGAGGGAGCUGUGUGAGCAAGCACAGAAGCAGAGACCUAAGCGCAAGGAUUGA